AUGUCAGAAACACCACUAGAGAGUGAAGAAGAUUUCGUUCAGAGCAUCGUUGAUAAGUUCUGCGAAAAUCAAAGUAAAGUUAUUGAAGUUACGACAGGAUUUCGACCUAGCGAACCAGCACAUACUUCCACAGGACGCGAAUGGAAUCUGUUGGAAAAAAUGGAACCCUGGAGUCACGUUAUCCCUGUGGAGUCAAGACCUUCCAAUGAGGACACGUACAAUUUCAACAGCAAUGCAACAAACAAUGUUGCCAUGUCAGAAUUGUCAAAUGAUGAUGGAACACAACACGAGAAAGAUCUGCUCGCUCUUCUUAAAAUGCUGAAAGAUAAAUAUCCGUUUCAAUAUGAGACGAACAAAAAUAUUCUGUAUGAUUUUGAAAUUAAGAAAUUUGCCAAACUUUAUUGUAUUACCAAUUUUUGCCCUGUGCUUUCAUGUUAUGAUUCAAUUUUCUGGUUAAAAGACCCUGGCAAAUGA